UUUUUUUUACAUUUUAGGUAAGACUAAGUUCUCAACCUUUGUUAUUACCAGCUCUCAGAACCUUAAAUUUUCUGACCCCACAAAUGUGGAUGUGGUCAUGGCUAGUAACUAGUAAUAUUGAGAGAGAGAGAUCGAGGUAAAAAUGAGACAUAUAGUGGAGUGUGUAAUAUGAGAAUCGUAGCUUUAAAGGAUGAGACAGUGAUAAAUGUUGCUUUCAGCAAAGGAUCGGAUAGAUGUAAAGGCAAGUUUGUAACAGUAGUGUUGAGACAAAUAAUUGGUGUAUUGAUGUGUAAUGCAGAUGGGGAAUGAUUUCACAAAAUGAAGAUGCCUUCAUUUCCGGAAAUUACCUUUCUUGUUACAUACUCUCUGCAUCUCCAUACACCACUUUCACUUUCACUUUCACAAAAAUCUUAUUGUAUAUUAUAUUAUAAAAGUCCGUAUCUAGUUGAGAAGACUACUAAUUGUCACCCAAUGGAAUGGAAUUUGCGAAAACACAAUACCCUCAGGCUCACAUUCAGAAUUCGAAUGCAGAUUUCACAUUUCUUUCUCGGUGAAGCCAUAAGCAUAAGAAAUUGAUGACCACAAAAAUUGAGGUAUAGCAUAGGCUGAGUUAGACUGGCACGAGAAGCCAAAAUUACUGACUUGUCCAUGUGGGCCCACCAUUUUUGUAUUAUUUAUAUCCAAUCCCAUCUUCACAUUUAAGUUAGCACUCUCUCCCCACAGUGAAUAGUGAUGGCUUCUUCUCCAUCUCCAGUAGUUAAUGUUGUUGUUGUGUUGAUCAUCAUCUCCCUGAGGCUGAUCAAUGCAGCUGAAUGGCCUCCCUCACCGGGCUACUACCCUAGCUCCCGUUAUCGCACCAUGAGCUUCUACCAAGGCUAUAGGAAUCUUUGGGGCCCUGCUCACCAGAGUGUCGACAACAAUGGCGUCACUAUUUGGCUCGACAGAAACUCUGGAAGCGGGUUCAAGUCGGUUAAACCGUUUCGUUCCGGUUACUUUGGAGCCUCCAUUAAGCUCCAACCCGGUUAUACAGCCGGAGUUAUUACAGCUUUCUAUCUUUCAAACAAUGAAGCUCAUCCGGGGUUCCACGAUGAGGUGGACAUCGAGUUUCUUGGGACAACCUUUGGGAAGCCAUACACCCUUCAAACAAAUGUUUAUGUGAGAGGGAGUGGGGAUGGGAGAAUUAUUGGGAGAGAGAUGAAAUUUCAUUUAUGGUUUGAUCCCACACAGGAUUUUCAUCACUAUGCCAUUCUAUGGACUCCCAAGGAGAUCACAUUCUUUGUGGAUGAUGUGCCGAUAAGGAGGUAUCCAAAGAAGAGUGUAGCAACAUUUCCACUAAGGCCAAUGUGGGUGUAUGGGUCGAUAUGGGACGCAUCAUCAUGGGCCACAGAGGAUGGCAAAUAUAAGGCCGAUUAUCGCUACCAACCCUUUGUCGGAAAAUUCACCAACUUCAAGGCCACCGGCUGCUCUGCCUACUCCCCGCCGCGCUGCCGCCCCGUCUCCGGAUCGCCCUACCGCUCCGGCCGCCUCACGGCCCAGCAGAGCAGCGCUAUGCACUGGGUGCAAACUCACUAUUUGGCAUAUGACUACUGCAGGGACUAUAAAAGGGACCAUUCCCUAACACCCGAAUGCUUCCGUUAAUUCAUUCCUAUUUUAUUAUAAAUGCACUACCAAAUCUUCUCAUCUCUAAUUAAUUUCAACAUUCUUCCAUUUCAAAAAAAAAAAAAAAAAGUUUCUUGAGAUGUGUUCAUCUACUCUUGCCAACGACAGUGCAAGAGUAGAACUGCAUCCAAGCAACCAAAAAAAAUGUAUACAAGGAAAGAGAAAAAAAAAAGGUGUACUUAUUUUAAUUCUUGUGGGUUUUUGUUGAUGUAUUUAGUUUUUUUUUUUCUCUCUUUCUUAAGAAAAACAUUGAAAUUCAAUACGAGAGUGGUGAGAAAAUAAGAAAAUGAGUGAGGCCAGUCGCACUACAAUACUGUAUUAUUACAUUCACUUGUCAAUUCUCAAAUAAAGCAAGAUCUUUUUUUUCA